AUGGUGCAAGAUAGCCUUGGAAGAAUUAGGGACAUUAUACAUAAUGUUCGAGAGAGUGUGAAAUAUAUCAAGUAUAAUGACUCAAGGCUGAAAGCAUUUUGUGAUGUUGUUGAGCAGAAACGUUUGAAGGAAAGAAAGCUUAUUCUUGAUUGUCCAACGAGGUGGAAUUCGACAUAUAGGAUGCUGUCUACUGCUUUGAAGUUUAAGGUUGUCUUUCCUGAUUAUAAGGAAAGAGAGCCACAUUACAACUAUGCACCAUCAGAAGAGGAUUGGAAUAAGGUUGAGAAGAUUUGUAAACUUUUAGAAGUAUUCAAUCUAGCCACCCAUAUCAUCUCAGGUAGUGAGUAUCCUACUACAAAUUUAUAUCUUUUUGAAGUGUGGAGAGUGAAGCAAGUAAUUGACAAUGCCAUAGAAGAUGAUGAUUUCUUUAUAAGAGAAAUGGUAGCUUUAAUGAAAGAGAAGUUUGACAAAUAUUGGGGAGAAUGUAAUAUGUUAAUGGCCAUUGCAAGUGUUUUGGAUCCCAGGUGCAAAUUAUAUGUUGUUAAUUAUUGCUUUCCUUUGAUUUAUAAGCCUGAUUAUGUGGCUUCUGAGAAUAUAGAUAAAGUGGUGAGUGCCUUGAGAUCAAUGUAUGAUGAGUAUGUAAGCAUGUAUAAAGGAGACACAAUGGGUAAUAAUGAAGUUGAUAAUGCUGGUAAUAACUCUUCUGCCAAUGCAUCUGGUUCUUUUAUAGUUACUGGAUUUGAUCAAAUCAUGAGUAUUGUUCGUGAAAAGCAAGCAGUCCCCCUAAUGAAAUCAGAAUUGGAAGCUUAUCUUGAGGACGGUGUUUACAUUCCUGAUGGUAAUUCUAACUCCUUCAGUGCCUUGGAAUGGUGGAAAAAUAAUAGCAUGAAGUAUAAGAUUUUAUCUAAGAUGGUUGCUGACAUAUUAGCUAUUCCAAUCUCAACCAUAGCAUCGGAGUCCAUUUUUAGUGCUGGAGGUAGAGUUAUCGAUGAAUAUCGUUCCACAUUGAAUGAAGAAUCAAUUGAAGUGCUUAUUUGUAGUGGGGAUUGGCUUUGCAAUAAGUAUGGCUUGAGGAAAAAACCAAAGGUGCUCGAACAAGAUGAAGAAAUUAUAUUGAAAAUUUGA